GAGGAGGAGGAGGAGGCGUAGGAGGAGAGGGAGAUGGAACCUCUAGCAGUCUUACAGAAAGAAUCCCAACAAUAAUGAUGGGAGGAAGCAGUUUCCCAGAAAGCCAGACAUUAGCCUCAGGGCAUCCAGGCUCUGACAACCUGCUGGUGGUCGGUUCAACUCCUCCUGUGCCAAACUCAGAAGAAGGAAGUUCUCAGCCACACACAGGGAACUCACACAAUCAGAGGCCACUGCCCCCGAGCGCGAAACACACAGCCGGUGGCGAUGUUUCAGAGCCCAACGUGUCAAACAGCUCAGAUCUUAAUGAGAUGUUGCCAAAGCAAAAACCAAAAAGCCCUUCUUCAGACCUCCCAGUAGAGAAGAUAUCGACCCCCCUUGCUCCUAAUAGCACUUCCAUGUCAACAAGGACCCCAGACAACGGCGACAAUAAUAAAACGGAUAUCGAUCCAAACAACCUGCAGGACCAUGAGAGGACCUCGGCCGUGUACGUCAACGUAGCGCAACUCCGCCACAGCGCCUCGGACCUACCGCCGCCGGCGCUGCCCGCGGCCAGCCGCGCGUCGCUGCUCCUGGACCCCGCCGACUGGGAGGUGCACACCGACCGGGACAGCGGGCAGGACUACUACUACCACCCCGCCAGCGGGCAGACCACCUGGGACAACCCCCUGCCGCCGGGCUUCCUCCCGGACGCCGACCCCCUGCUGCCGCCGCCGCCCCCGCAGCCGUACUCCCUGGACCUGCCGUCGCCGCUGCUGCUGUCGCCGGCCGCGUCGUCGUCGGCGUCGUCGGCGCCCGCCUCGCCCGCCUGGACCCCCGACUGGGAGCGGCUGGUGGACCCGAGCAGCGGCCGCCCCUACUUCUACAACGCCAUGUCGGGGGAGACGUCCUGGGACGAGCCCCUGAGCCCCUACCCCUCCCCCACCGACCCCCCCAGGGCCUUUGAGGACGUGCUGCCUCCCUUCCCCGAGGAGGACUACCCCCCCGGGGACUACGCCGAAGACCCUCUGGGGGAGGUGCUGGAGGACCCAGAGGACUCCCCCUCCUUCCCCCAGGAGUUCACCCUCGGCCACGUGACCCCGGCCUCCUUCCCCAGGGCGGCCCUCGACCGCAGCGCCCCCGCCGGCUGGGCCCUCAGCGUGGACCCCGACGGGACCUGGGUCUUCACCAGCGAGCACUCCCAGGAGCAGUGGAUCAAGUCUCUGGACGAGCACGGGCAGACCUACUACUAUACAAGGGACGGCUCCAAGUCUCAGUGGCACCUACCCGAGGCUCAUGUAUUUGUAGGCAAAGUAGGGAAUGGAGUGGAGGCAGACAGCGUCUUGAAGAACUGGAGGCACACCAUGGGUCCUCCGCAGCUCGGCCUGGCCCCAGAGGAAGAGAAGUUUUUCCCGGGCCACCGGAGGAACAUGUCGGACUACGGCAGCGACACCUCGAGCACGGGCCACUCCCCGGACACCCAGCACCAUGUGCAGAACCUGGAGAAAGCUGGGAUUCUCAAUAAAACUAAAGUGUCCGAGAACGGUAAAAAAGUGAGGAAGAACUGGUGCCAGUCAUGGACAGUCCUCCACGGAGGGGUGUUAACCUUCCACAAAGACCCCAAGUCCACCACAAGCGGAGCCUCGAACAAGACCAAUCAGAUCGUCCCAGACGCUGCGGUGGACCUGCGGGGAGCCGUGAUUGGCUGGGCCUCCAGAGAGAAAUCGAGCAAAAAGAACGUCUUAGAGUUAAAAGGUCGGAACGGUGUUGAGUUCCUCGUUCAGUACGACAACGAGGGCAUCAUCAACGACUGGCACAAGGUCCUGGGUGACACCAUUCGACAGCUUGAGUACCAGGACCACCACUCAGAGGAGGAGGAAGGAGAGCUGUUUGAGAAGCCCUGCAUAGCGGACAUUAACCGGGAGGACCGGGGAGGCACCACGGAGAAGCAUAGGAGAAGCACACGGCCCAGCUCGUCUAGCACCGUACCCGAGGAGAUGGACCAGAAGAAGGUCCGGAACAAGCUCAUCAAGUUCCUCAUGAAGCGGCCCACGCUGCAGUCUGUGAAGGAGAAGGGCUACUUCAGAGAGAACGUGUUUGGCUGUCACCUGGCCACGCUGUGCACCCAAGAGAGGACCACAGUUCCCAGCUUUGUGGAGAAAUGUGUUCGAGCUGUAGAAAGGAGAGGUUUGGACAUCGAUGGCAUCUACAGAGUCAGUGGGAAUCUAGCGGUCAUACAGAAGUUGCGUUACAAGGCUGAUCAUGAGGAACUUGACCUGGAAGACGGCCAGUGGGAAGACGUUCAUGUCAUCACCGGAGCAUUGAAAUUAUUUUUCCGAGAGCUUCCGGAACCCCUGUUUCCUUUCAGCCACUUCAACGGUUUCAUUGCAGCCAUCAAGUCAAACGAUUACAACGCAAAAGUGUCUUACAUGAGGGAUUUGGUCAAAUCCCUUCCUCUACCGAACCACGAUACCAUGAAACUCCUGUUCGGCCAUUUGCACAGGGUCAUCAAAUACGGAAACGACAACAGGAUGACGGUGCAGAACGUGGCCAUCGUGUUCGGGCCCACCCUGCUGCGGCCGGAGGUGGAGUCGGCCAACAUCGCCAUGCACAUGGUGUUCCAGAACCAGAUUGUGGAGUUCGUCCUCAACGAAUAUGAGACCAUCUUCAGCUAGGGGAACAAUGACCCCGGUGGGGGGGAGGGGUGAACACAGCAAACAAAGUGUUUGCCGGCGGAACACGGCAAACACUUUGACACGUGAAACCUGAGCAUCACUUUGUUUAGCGGCAGGACAGCCUCAAGCGAGUGACACCUGCGAUGUUAAUAGAUAUUAUAUAAACAGCCGGGGGCCAUGACAGUAGGGACUAACGUUUUCGGACCCCGGUCUUGCUUUCCUUUUAAAGGCUCGCACUAUUUUGACGAAAUACACAUUUUUCUGCAGUAUUUUAGGAUUGGAAAACAGAAACAUCGUUCACAUUGGAGAGGGGGGGGGGGGUCUCUGUUUCUAAUCUCUAAGCAAGGUGGUGGUGGAGCGUUAGGCUUCGCUGUCCCUCUUUCAGCUUCCCACAGACCAAGCGACUCUCUGCUCCAGCCGUCCCUCACGCAGGGCGACGGGCGGGCUGCUGUUACGCUGUAGUCCGCAUUAAUGUGUUCUAAUAUUAAUACUGCCUUGUAAUGGAGCAUCUAUAGAAUCUCACUGUGCCCUGGAAAGAUGCAAUAAUAUUAAGUUGUUGUCAAAGGAUCAAACAAAUGCGUCCAUGUUUCUUUUUGUCUGUCUUUCUAUUUGUCUUAAAUCUAUAGAUUACUUUUUAAUGUUGGCAUGGAUCUGAAGUGAGUGUAUAUUUGAUAUGGUGGUCGUUUGGUCUUCUAUUCUCAUUUUCACAUAUUAGAACUAUUAUUGUAAUAUAGUAAUGUAUAAAAUAUUAAAACAGCUGUGAAUUAUACAUUGACAAAGCCUACUCUUCAGUGUCUAGAUUCCUCUUGAAUGGAUGGUUCGUCUUUCUAUAUCCUGCUGUAUGGGCUUUGUAUAAUGACUAUAGAAUAACAUACUGUUACCUUUUUGAAAAGUCUGUAAGUAAAGCCAGGGAGAUACCUGGACUAUCAUGAGAUAAGCUCGAUCUUAUAAGAGAUGUGUGCCUGUAAAUACAAAUAGGGAGCAUAGAGUUGCUGACGAAGCAGCCGAUGCCCAGACUUCUCUUUAAUAAAGAAUAACUUUGUACAAAUAAAUUGUGAUUAUUCUUUCAAAUAACGGAAUAAAAUAUAUUUAAGUA